ACGCGGCGGGAUCAACCUUUGAGAAUUAACAAGUGUCAUCCAGCAGGCUUUUGCUAGAGUGUACAUAGACCCACCGAAUAAGCACCCACCACAAAGGAGCGAAUCAACAUGGAGGCCCUCUUUGGCAUAGUAGGCAAAGACUUUGUUGUCACAGCAUCAGACCGCACAUCCGCGCGGUCAAUCGUGAUUAUGAAGCACGGGGAGGACAAGUCUCGUGAAUUGAACAAGCACACUCUAAUGCUAUACACGGGGGAAGCGGGCGACACGGUCCAGUUUGCGGAAUACAUUCAACGGAACAUCCAGCUAUAUGGAAUUCGAAACGGAAUUCCAUUGUCAGUUCAUGCUACGGCAAAUUUCACGAGGAGGGAGCUUGCAGAGAGUCUGAGGAGCCGGAACCCAUACCACGUAAGCGUCCUCAUUGCCGGGACCGAUCCGAAAACGGGCAAACCAGAAUUGUACUGGCUAGACUACCUCGGCGCCAUGGUGAAGAUGAACUUUGCCGCGCAUGGAUACGCAUCCUACUUUUGCAUGUCCACCAUGGACAGAUAUUGGAAGGAGGAUUUGUCGGUGGAAGAGGCCAUAUCGCUGCUGAAAAAGUGUAUUGCAGAGCUGAAGACUAGGUUUAUUGCGCAAUUACCCGAGUUUAUGGUGAAGGUGGUGGAUAAGAAUGGCGUCAGAGAGAUUCAACUAUGAGUGCGGAGUAACGUAAUAUGAUGCGUUUGACCAGUGCUUUCUGGGCUAUAUGUGGAUGGAGGUCCAUGUUUUCAUAUAGCCCGUAAAUGAACACGGGUGUGAUCAGUAACGACCCACCGCAUAUACUUCCAUUCAAACUAUGUACAAUAAGACUCGGUUAUAUCAUUCAAGCC